AACUUUGCAAAUGCAAUUUUAAAAAUCCCUCCCCCUAUUGCAAAAUUUGCAGAGUUCGAUGGAAAGCUAUGAAAAUGGCCGGGGGUGGGGGGUGGCGGGGGAAAGGAUAAGAUUAGGUCUUGCCCCAGUCGGCAUUGAAUACAAACCAGACUUUGGUAUAGGGGAAAGGGGUGAGCCAGAGAACGUAAAAGAGAAAGGAAGAUUUAGCAAAAUGCAAAUUGAGCAAAUUAAAGAGAGUUCGGGGAACCCCCGGGGUUAAACAGAACGACUCCUCCUUCCCCCACCUCCGCCGGAGGGAAGGAACGGCGGGCGGCGGCGGCGCGUGCGCCCGCGCCUGCGCCGGGGCAGGGAGGAAUGGCGCGUGGGGCGGUUGGGGCUGACGGCCGGCUGCGCGGGCGCGCGCCGGGCCAGACGGAUAGGGACCUUCUUGGGAAGGAAGGCGGGCGGGCCGGGUACGUGUCUCCCGCCAGGCGGAAGGGGCGGGAGCGUAGGCGUGCGCGCUGCCACCUCUCCACUCUUAAUAUUACUUAUUUAAGCAAUGCGAGCUAGAAGGAAUUUGACAAAAUACCAGGCCGUUUUCAGAAGGGCUAAAGGUGGCCACCUGGGGCACUUGUCCCCAGCACAGAUUGGUCUCAUUCGAGAGCAUCCCACUCCAGGGGAUUAUCCCUUCCCUGGAUCGGCUCAGCCCAGGGCCUCGCCCCAAGUCCCAGCCCUGCCCGUCCCUGAGCCAGCGGUUCAGGUCACUGGCCAUGCCCCUUGGUCUGUCUCUGCCUAGGUCACUGAGUGCGGGUGCCCGCGGGACCAGACGGUAGGGACUAAUUUUUCGAAGCGGAAGAAUACUAAAGUUCCAAGGUUGGCAACUUUUUUCAAUAAGACGAGAAUCCCUUCUACUUGGGGCUUAUUGGGUUAUUCUUUUACAAUAAAACUUAUGCCAAAAAGUACUUGUGUGCGAUCAGUUGCUCGCCGCCAAACGUGAAGGAGAUGCUGAUGGCUUCGGCGACUUAGCCCAUCCAAACCCUCGCUCCUGAGGGGCUUGGCCGCUUCCGGUCCCUUGGGGAGGGGCGCCGAGGAUACUCGGCGCGCCUCCGGAGGGGGACAAGGGUCCGUUUCUCUCUGGUCUUUCAGGGCGGACUGCGGUCCCCUAGCAUCCAUCUCGAAUCUCUGGAUUCUGACGACCCCCGAACUUGUGUUCCUUGACAGCCGCGUGGCUGAGUCACUGACGGGCUCGCGCGGGGCCGCGCUCCGGCACGUGGCGGCCCUCCCCGCCCGCCAUCUCCUGAACUCUGACCCGCGCACCUUCCACCCCAGGGUGGAAAAAUCCUGGAGGGAGUGGCCCGAGAUAAGCGGGGAGGGACAAGAUGGGAGAUGGGGGCCCCAGGGAAGACAUCCCAGCCAUGGCCAUGCAGAAAAUCUUUGCCCGGGAAAUCCUGGACUCCAGGGGUAACCCCACGGUGGAGGUGGACCUGUACACUGCCAAGGGUCGAUUCCGAGCAGCUGUGCCCAGCGGAGCUUCCACAGGUAUCUAUGAAGCUCUGGAACUGAGAGAUGGAGACAAAUCACGAUAUCUAGGGAAAGGAGUACUAAAGGCUGUGGAGCACAUCAAUAAGACUCUGGGCCCUGCUCUGCUGGAAAAGAAAUUAAGUGUUGUGGAUCAAGAAAAAGUUGACAAAUUUAUGAUUGAGCUGGAUGGGACUGAGAAUAAGUCCAAAUUUGGGGCCAAUGCCAUCCUGGGCGUGUCCUUGGCCGUGUGUAAGGCUGGAGCAGCCGAGAAGGGCGUCCCGCUUUACCGACACAUCGCAGAUCUUGCAGGGAACCCUGACCUCGUACUCCCAGUGCCUGCCUUCAAUGUGAUCAAUGGGGGCUCCCAUGCUGGAAACAAGCUGGCCAUGCAGGAGUUCAUGAUUCUGCCUGUGGGAGCCAGUUCCUUCAAGGAAGCCAUGCGCAUUGGUGCCGAAGUCUACCACCACCUCAAGGGGGUCAUCAAGUCCAAGUAUGGGAAAGAUGCCACCAAUGUGGGGGACGAGGGCGGCUUCGCACCCAACAUCCUGGAGAACAAUGAGGCCCUGGAGCUGCUGAAGACAGCCAUUCAGGCAGCUGGUUAUCCAGACAAGGUGGUGAUUGGCAUGGAUGUGGCGGCAUCUGAAUUCUAUCGCAAUGGGAAGUAUGACCUUGACUUCAAGUCACCUGAUGAUCCUGCCCGGCACAUCACAGGGGAGAAGCUUGGAGAACUUUACAAGAGCUUCAUCAAAAACUAUCCUGUGGUCUCCAUUGAGGACCCCUUUGACCAGGAUGACUGGGCCACAUGGACCUCAUUCCUCUCGGGGGUGAACAUCCAGAUCGUGGGGGAUGACCUGACGGUCACCAACCCCAAGAGGAUUGCCCAGGCCGUUGAGAAGAAGGCCUGCAACUGCCUACUGCUGAAGGUCAACCAGAUCGGCUCAGUGACUGAAUCCAUCCAGGCCUGCAAACUGGCUCAGUCUAACGGCUGGGGGGUAAUGGUGAGCCACCGCUCUGGGGAGACUGAAGACACAUUCAUUGCUGAUCUCGUGGUGGGCCUCUGCACAGGACAGAUCAAGACUGGUGCCCCUUGCCGCUCAGAACGUCUGGCCAAAUACAACCAACUCAUGAGGAUUGAGGAGGCUCUUGGGGACAAAGCUGUCUUUGCUGGACGAAAGUUCCGUAAUCCAAAGGCCAAGUGAGAAGCUGGAGGCCCAAGGAACCCACUGGACAGACCCAGGCCUCCAAGCCCUUUCCCAUGAAAUAAACACUGGUGCCAAAGUA